AAAUGGCGGGGGGUUUGGUGGGAACAAAUACAUUUGCCCCACCUUUUGGAACAAACUCCCUACUCCUCCUGAAACGUUAGCACACGUCGCGCUUCGCUAUCGCUAGGAAUCACGGACAAAUCAAACAUGGCGAUUCAGUCGCUAUUUGCAGUGAUGGUGUACGCUUCAUAAAACAAGAGUGGGAGGUAUUGGUGGGUCAGGUAGUGUUUUUAAACGGUAAUGAGUGGUAGUAGCACUGCAAAUCGCCAAAUUUUGGUUAAUAUUAUAAAUAUGGAAAGUCACGAUGUCAAAACUAUAAUGGAGAAAAUGUCGGGCGGCAUUGAUAAAGUACAUGACGUGAAGGGCGUACGAGCAGAGCCGACGCCUGCGGCGUCAUCGUUGCCUGUUACGGAACAAGUGUCGCUCUCUAGUGUAGACAAUGCUAACAGAAAUGACUAUAUCAAUAAGAAAACUUGUCAUAAGUUACUAAUAAAAAAUUCUGGAAAAUUUGAAAGUGGUAGUGGUAGUGGAGAUCAGGAGGGAGGUCAAUAUGAAGAUGGAAUUGAUAUUGCAACGAAAAAGAGAAAGACUCGUAGAGGUAAACCUAAGCAUAGAAAAUUAAAACCAUAUUCUAAACAACAGUUGUCAUAUCAACAACAGCUGCGAUAUAGAUCUAGAGGUCGAUUGGCAAAAACUGGUAGACAACCUCCAGCACCAUAUAAUACCACACAGUUUCUUAUGGAUGAUCACAGUGAUCUUCCAGAUCUUGACCAAAAACUUUCAGAAGCUGCAUCUUCAGAAUUACCUGCUACAUUUCAAAAACCAUCAGCCCCUUCUCGUACGCGAGAUUCUAGUUUCAGUGUUGACUCUGAUGAAGAUUAUUUUUAUUCGUCUCCAGAAGACGAAGAAGAAUUUUUAACAAAGGAAUUCUCAACUGCGUAUGAAGACCUUCAUGCUGAAAGAUUAAGCACAUUAAGUAAAUCAGAACUGAUACAGGAAUAUCUUCAGUUAGAAGCAAAAGUAGAUUUAUUGACAAAACGGUUACGUGGUAAAAAUUUCCACCAAACAGAACAACGAGACUUGGAAAGCAACAGUAGUAGUACAGAUUCAGAAUCAGCAAAAAAAUUAAAAAUCUGUCAGCAACGGAUCGAUGAUUUAAUGCAACAGAAUGAACAGUUAAAACGGGAAAAUGAAUCAUUGAGAGCUAAGAGGCACAGCAGUCCAGUUUCAAGUGUCGAUAGCGAAAGCGACAGUGAUAGUACAAGUAAUGGGAAUAGGAGCAGAUGUAGUUGUCUCCUUCCAAAUUCUAGCUCUUCUUCGGAACUUAUGGGAUAUGUUUCUAGAAGUAAAAGUAGUCAAAGAAAAGAUAGUUCUGUGUCUAGUACUGAUAGUAAAAGUGAUACUUGUGAUAGUAGCUCAAGUGACAAUUCUAAGGCAUCUAUGACUCCAGUUAAUCUUUCAAAUGGCCAUGCAAACGUUCAAAAAAUUGAUGGUCUUCCUACAUAAAUUAUAAAGAGCUGUUUUUAUGUACGAAAGUCUAUUCAAUGUUUUAAGAGUUAACGUACAAGUCAUAUUAAACAUGUCAUUGGAUCUGCAUAUUUGCUUUGAUCCUACCAAUUUAGGAAACAAGACUGGUUUAAAUGCAAUACAGUUGCACUUAUGCAGUAAAAAAUCCUCUUCCUGAUACUAGAUAUGUAACCUUAGAUUAUCCUUGAAUGUGUCCUUACAACUUACUUCCCAUGUUUCUUUUAAGACUGUUUUGUGUAAACUUGAAUAUGUGUAAUGAAGUAGGAAAUACAUACCUAAUCUUACGGAAGAGUAAAAUUUAUAUCUGUGCAGACUAGAUUGUUAUGUGCUUGAUAAAAUUUGCAGAAGAGUUGUA